AUGUCUGAUAACGACUAUUCUCUUGCUUCAAUAGGAGAUUUAAGUGAAGAUGAGAUUUUCGACUUGCUCAGAAAGUGGAGGGAAAGUAAUGAAAGGAAAAGUAGAGAAAUAAACAAAAUAUGGACUUGUAGACCUGAUGUUGUAAUUGAAAACAGACCUAAUGAAAAGUAUUUAAUUUAUGAGCAAAUAAUUCUUGCCACACUUGAUUGCAAUAAUUCCCUCGGAGCUAUUAUGGUGAUUAACACUCUGGACAAACAAUUUCCCAGAAGCUUAAGAGUAAUGAGAUAUAAAGCAAUGGUUUUAGAAAGUGAUGGACGGUAUGAAGAUGCACUACAAGUGCUGGAUGAGAUAAUAAAAGUGGAUGAGACAAAUGCACCAGCAAGGAAACGUCGAGUAGCAGUGAUGAAGGCACAAGGCCUUAUAGGUGAUGCCAUCAAAGAACUGGUUGACUACCUAAAAAAGUACAGUGCCGAUAUGGAGGCCUGGCAGGAGCUUAGUGAGCUGUAUCUGCAAAUAGGGGAGUACUCGCGUGCGGUGUAUUGUGUUGAGGAACUGCUGCUCCAUCAACCCCAUAGCCAUCUCUUACAUCAGCGAGUGGCCGACAUUCGCUACACUAUGGGUGGCGUUGAAAAUCUUGAAUUGGCCAAAUCCUAUUACUGCCAAGCCUUGAAGUUGAAUGCGAAUAACAUGAGAGCUCUUUUGGGAUUAAUAUUGGUAACCAACAAUCUACUUGGGCACUAUAAGCCAACUGGCUGCUCGAAACGCAAGGAAGCAUGGAAGUUAAGUCGAUGGGCCCAGUCCGAGGUCACGAAGAAGCAGAGGGAGAUGCGAGGGGCCGACGAUAAUGCGCUUACCAAUAUGAUGCUAUCUUUGUCUAUAAGUGAAUAA